AUGGUGUUGCCGAUCCAGGAGGUUGCGACUGGCGACGACGUGCUGUCGCUGCACCGCCUCGAGUGUUUCCUAACACCCGUCGCCUCUCCCUCUCACCCCGCCGUCGCCCCUCCCUUUUACCUCGCCGUCGCCAUUCCUUCCCAUCCCACCGCCACCUCACCCUCCCAUCUCGUCGCCACCUCUCCCUCCCAUCCCGCCGCCACCUUUCCCUCCCAUCCCGUCGCCACCUCUCCCUCCCAUCCCGCCGCCACCUUUCCCUCCCAUCCCGUCGCCACCGCUCCCUCCCAUCCUGCCGUCGUCCCCUCCCACCCGGCCGUUGCCUCUCUCACCUACCCCGCCGUCGCCUCUCACUCCCACCCCCCUGUCGCCUCGCCCUCCCACCCCGCCGUCGCCACUCCCUCCCAUCCCGCCGCCGCCUCUCCCUACCAUCCCGCCGCCGUCUCUCCCUCCUAUCCCGCCGCCGCCACUCCCCUCCCAUCCCGCCACCGCUUCUCCCUCCCAUCCCGCUGCCGUCUCUCCCUCCCAUCCCGCUUCGCCACUCUCUCUCAUCCCGCCGUCGCCACUCCCUCCCAUCCCGCCGCCGCCUUCCAUUCCGCCGCCGCCUCUCCCUCAUCCCCGCCGCGCCACUCCCUCCCGUCCCGCCGUGGGGAGGUUUGA